AACUGCACUGGUUAUUUAUGGAGAACCUCCUCGCUUUGUCGAGCGCUGGAGUUCAUAUGCAAGUUUUGGUCCCCUGUGUGCAGGUGCAAGGGUCUGCAUAGACUAGAGUGAGAGCAGCGUGCCGGUAUAGCAUACCUAGCUAGCUCUGAAGAGUGAAGAAGCCCGACUUGUUUCCAAGGUGAUCUUGGGACAUGACAAUGGCGGCCGGAAGGGAUCAGAGGGUCGAAGGGGUGAGGCAGUACAACAGGUCCAAGGUGCCCCGCCUGAGAUGGACGCCCGAUCUCCACCGCUGCUUCGUCCACGCCAUACACACUCUUGGAGGCCAGUACAGGGCUACACCUAAGAGGGUUUUGCAGCUGAUGGGGGUGGCAGGGCUCACCAUAUCUCAUGUCAAGAGCCAUCUACAGAUGUACAGGAACAUGAGGGGUAAUGAUCUUGACAUGAUGCAAGGCAUUCAGCAAAUGGAUCAGGAGCACACAUUCGCAGGAGGAGGCAUGGAAGUUUGGACAGAUAUGCAGCAGGUUCAUCAUCAUAGUGAGUACUGCGACGGACCCUGUUGCCGGUGCCACUCUCCAAAGCAUACAAAGGGGUCACUGCUCCACCACCCCCAACUGAAAAGGCCAUCCGAGAUGGAGACCGCACACGAGGCCGGAGCAAGCCCCCAGGAAAACUUGGUCAGGGGCCAAGGAAUAUGCGAGAGGGACGUGACCUCGGGCACGUACGGCCUCGCCGCUGCAGGCCAAGCAUACUACUACCACUCCCACUGCAUGCAGACGACGACGACGACGCACGAGCAGGGCCACCACCUGCCGCCGCGCUCCCGGACAUGGCAGCGCACACCUGCAGCAGGCGGUGGUGGCGAACAAUCCGCUCGCCCCGGCUGCACGCCCGCGCCGCGGGAGCGGGAGCGGGACCUCGCCGCGCCAAGGCGUGGUCGUGGUGGUGACCUCGCACCCUACUGCGAGGAGCGGAGCGGCGAGCUAGUCCACGGCCACCACGGUGUCGCGCCGGCGAGCCACGGGAGGCCGAGGGGGGCGGCGGCGGAGCGGGCCGACGGCGAGCCGUCUCUGUCGUUGACGCUGGAGCUGGACUCCGGGCGCCUCGGCGGGAGCGGCGUGGGGCAGUGCCGCACCGACGUCAGCGAGCAGGGCAGCUUCCUGACGUCGUCGUCGGCGAGUCUUGGCGGCUCCUGCUCGGGGCUGCGCCGCGGCGGAGUUAGCCUGGACCUAUCCCUUUCGCUGUACAACUGACUCCGGCUUUUUUUUUCAUGAUAAUACUGUUGAGAAACCGGGUCAGCCCGGAGGGGUGGCGGCGGCCGCGUUCAAAACGCACGAGCCGGCCCCUCCCGUUUCUCCUCUUUUGUUAAGUGGGUACUUAUCCCUUGUCCACCUACCCCCUAUAUAAAGCAACGAGGAGCCAUCAUUGUACGACCUGAUCAUUGAUUAAUAAAGCUGGUCUCCUCCA